AUGGAGAACCCGCUGCUGGAGAUGGUGAUCAGAGGCCUGCCUCUCCUCGCCGACGACGUCGACCUCGCCCAGAGCCUCCUCGACCUCGUCCAUGCCGAGAUCGACCGGACCGAAGCCCGCCUCGGCGAGGUGGCGGCCCAGCUCGAGCAAAUCCAGGGCCUGGCCUUGGAGUUGGAGGGAAUGCGCCUGGCCCUCCCCGUGGCCACGGAGGAGCUGCUCGCGGCGAACGAGGCCAGAUUCCACGCCCUCCUGCGCCAGCAGCGGCAUCUCACCCAGGCCGUCCAAGUGCUCCUCGUCCUCCGGGCGGCCGCCUACACCAGGAGCCGCUCGCACCUCGUCCCCGGCGUGCUCCUCGCGGCCGCGUCGGCGGCGGUGGCGCCCGUGUUCAGGACCUUCGUCAGGUUCUCCGUCUUGGUGCUGGGUUUCCUCUUCGCUUCUGGGCGUGGUCGUGGAGGGUAA